CCCCUCCCCCCGCGCGCACACACACGCUCUCUCACACGCGCGCUGCCCUGUGUCUAUUGUGAAGCCUUCGGGGGAGCUCCGCGCCGCCGCGGCCCCCCCUAUCCCUCAGCCCCGCGGAGCCGGCGGCCGGCCGCGGGGCGCUGUGCCGUAAUGGCUGGCACCGUUUGAAGUUCCAACGGCAGCGGGGGCAGCGCGCGGCGAAGGGAGGGGCUGAGGCUGAGCGGCGUGAAGGUGUGAGGCGAGGGGAGGCAGCGCGACAGAGACGGGCCGGCGAGUUUGCUGGUCCUCUGACACAUUUCAGAAUGCCACUGGUAAAAAGGAACAUAGACCCUAGGCACCUGUGCCACACAGCUCUGCCCCGAGGUAUCAAGAAUGAAUUGGAAUGUGUCACCAAUAUUUCCUUGGCAAAUAUAAUCAGACAACUGAGUAGCCUAAGUAAAUAUGCUGAAGAUAUAUUUGGUGAACUUUUCAAUGAAGCACACAGUUUCUCAUUUAGAGUCAACUCCUUACAAGAACGUGUAGAUCGGUUAUCUGUCAGUGUUACACAGCUUGAUCCAAAGGAAGAGGAAUUGUCACUGCAGGACAUUACAAUGAGGAAGGCUUUCCGGAGUUCCACAAUUCAAGAUCAACAGUUGUUUGACCGGAAAACUCUGCCUAUUCCUUUGCAAGAAACUUACGACAUUUGUGAACAGCCUCCUCCGCUUAACAUUCUCACUCCUUACAGGGAUGAUGGAAAAGAGGGUUUGAAGUUUUAUACAAAUCCUUCAUACUUCUUUGAUCUGUGGAAGGAAAAAAUGCUGCAGGACACUGAGGACAAAAGAAAAGAAAAGAGGAAGCAGAAGCAGAAAAAUCUGGAUCGCCCUCAUGAACCAGAAAAAGUGCCACGGGCACCUCAUGACAGACGGAGAGAGUGGCAGAAGUUAGCCCAAGGCCCGGAGCUUGCAGAAGACGAUGCUAACCUCUUACAUAAGCACACUGAAGUUGUUAAUGGCCCAGCUUCACAUUUUGAAUCAAGAUCUCAAGCAUAUGUGGACCAUAUGGAUGGAUCAUAUUCACUUUCUGCAUUACCGUACAGCCAGAUGACUGAACUUCUGAACAGAGCCGAGGAGCGAGUGUUGGUCAGACCACAUGAACCACCACCGCCACCCCCGAUGCAUGGAGCAGGAGAUGUGAAACCUGUGCCACCUUGCGUUAGUUCUACGACUGGCUUGGUAGAAAAUCGUCCUCAGUCACCAGCAGCAGGCAGAACACCAGUGUUUGUGAGCCCCACUCCUCCUCCUCCACCGCCACCACCUCUUCCAUCUGCUUUGUCAACUUCUUCACUAAGAGCUGCAAUGACUUCCACCCCUCCACCCCCAGUUCCACCUCCUCCACCUCCUCCCACAGCUGCUCUGCAGGCCCCAGCUGUGCCACCUCCACCAGCUCCUCUCCAGAUAGCUCCUGGAGUCCUACAUCCAGCGCCACCUCCAAUUGCUCCUCCCCUAGCACAACCCUCUCCUCCUGUCACUAGAGCUGCCCAGGUGUGUGAAACUGUACCAGUUCACCCAGGUCCUCCACAAGCUGAAGUACAGGGACUGCCUCCACCACCACCACCUCCUCCCUUGCCGCCUCCUGGCAUUCGACCCUCUUCUCCUGUCACAGUUGCAGCCCUUUCUCAUCCUCCUCCUGUUCUGCACCCUCCUCCUACAACCAUUGUCCCUGGCCCUCAUGCUCCCUUAAUGCCCCCAUCUCCACCAUCCCAAGUGAUUCCUGCACCUGAACCCAAACGCCAUCCUUCAACUCUUCCUGUAAUCAGUGAUGCUAGAAGUGUUCUGCUGGAAGCAAUACGGAAAGGUAUUCAGCUACGCAAAGUUGAAGAGCAACGUGAACAAGAAGCUAAACAUGAGCGCAUUGAGAAUGAUGUUGCUACUAUACUUUCUCGACGCAUUGCUGUGGAAUAUAGCGAUUCAGAAGAUGAUUCAGAAUUCGAUGAAGUGGAUUGGUUAGAGUAAAAUUAUUACAUUGCUGUACUCUGCAAAAUCGAAUGCUAAUGUCCAUUGUGGUGCUUGUUCUUUGAAAGUUUGAUGGUCAUUUCUAGUGGUUUUUGUAUUCUUUUCUUUACAUAAUUAAUCCAUGUUUUUCUACUUUUCUGUUUACAAAAAGCUCCUAGUGCAUCUUUGAAACUAAAUGUUUUACAGUGGCUUUCUUACACAUCUUUUUUGAAAGAACAUACUUUGUUCCAAUAGACCACUAAGUAUUAAGCAUGGGCAGCUGUUGGUAGAGUAGCAGUUUCAAUUUUUUGGCAUAUCUUAACUGUGCACUUUGUGAAUUUUAAGUUAAUGAAGGCAACUGAGAUUGACAUUCCAAGGGCAGCUGUAUGUACUAAUGAGCCUUAUUCCACUUCUGAUAGAGUUUUAAAGCAUUAAACCUAGCUAUCAAGAUAUCACUGCCUCGAUUACAUCUGUACACUAGAAGUACAUAUAGUUAGCAGCACUGAACAGACUGAAAGGAAAAUGGGUCUUUUGGGGGUUUUAUUAUUGUUUUAUUGUUGUUUUUAAAUAAUUAUGGCCUUAUUUGAAUGUUUAGAGAUUCCCUUCCCUCCCAGGUACAUAUUGUGUGGUACUAUUUUUGCCUGCAUAAUAAAAGUUUAAUUUUUUUUUUCCUUGUGAAAUCUUUUGACUUAAACAUGCUGUGUAACUUAUGUAACUGUUAAAAUAACAGUUUGGUUUAAUAAAUGGGUCAUUUUAAAUGUU